AUGGAGCGCAACAGGCUUGACAAGACCGGCUUCAAACUAAAUCCAGGAACUGCGGGCUCGAAUCCCCGCGUCACCUCGCCGCUUGUCAUCAACAGCGCAUCCCAGAGGAGGAGCUUGUUCUCGCGCCCAAGCACGAAGGAGGAAGCUGCUCGCCCUUCCAGCUCGGCCUCAGCCUCCGACGGUAAUGCCGCCUCGCCAAACAACACACGAAUUCCUCGGCCUACUCAGCGACGGACAUUUACCAUUUCAGAUGCCUAUCGAUUAGCCGAGGAAGAAGAGGCGGUUGUUCAGGGAUCACCCAGCCCGGCACCACGGUUAUGGCGUGCCCGACCUGAGUCCACCGAGAAGCGAACCACAACAACUGGAAGCCCGGGCGCAUCGGACCUACCACAACGUGGCCGGCCCAAUGGCAAGCUCUCGGGCGGCGUCAAGGGAGGCGACAGCCAGGACGAUCGCGAUGUCCCGCCACAACAAGCCGACCUCUCGGACAGCACAUUCGACGAGAAGCUGCAUCAAUAUGCACAUGAUCAAGCAGGCUCACAUGAAACUGGACGUCGCAGCAACGGCUUCAACACUCCACGCGCCGCCCGUGAUACCGUUUUUCAGGAUUCACAGACCCCGAAUAGGAGCUUUGCCUGGCAGGCUGAUGCUGAUUUCACGGCUGGUGACGUGCAAUUCUCGAACAGUCCGCCCGUGGCUGUCGGUCGCAGCAACAGAAAAAUCGACGAAAUACGGGCCCUGGAAGCCGAGAUUGAGCGACGCAUUCCCCAGACUUUGGGCCACGAGGCAGACCAGGUUGAGAAGAUUGAGCCGCUCGAGAUCGAAGUUGCCCUCAAAGCUGCCGACGAACCUCUGGGCUUUGAUGAAGCCAGAGCAGCCGACGAGGAUGAAGUUCCCAACCGCCGGCCAGUCAGUCGAGCAAGCAUGAGGAUUGAUGAGCUUACGGCCCGUGAGAUCGAGAGUCUAUCUAGGAGGACGCUCGCCACGGCUGGGCUAGAUGAAUUUUGGGACAGACAUCUCGAGACAUCGCGUUCACCGUCCCCAGAUAAUGCGCGGAGGUCCACCAAGGAACCCUUACGAGCUUUCUCUCCGCUCCGCGGCCGGUUGCGGAGACAAGUUGGGGAACUCCCUGCGGUUACAGCGCCAGCCGAACAAGACCAGGCGUGUCAGCGCAUACUUGAUCUUGGCACCCUCAACCACGAUCAUUCCCCGGCCAAUACAGGAGAUGCAAGCCACACCCGCGGAAUGAGCCGAGGGGAAAAGACUCGCCGCGACGGUUCACCGAAUAGAAACAACUCGCGUGAUAUUUCGCGCCGACUGGCCGCCGCUAGGAGCAGCAGCCCAACGCGAGAAGCGCAGAUGGCUACAGAUAGCCAAGCCCCUACGAUUGGGGACCGAGAGCUAUUGGACCGUCCGCGACAGAGAAGAUCAAUUGGUGGCGCUAAGAGCAUCUUCAAACCAUCUGUCGGGUUUGCGGGUCUUUCCAGAAGUUCAUCGGUUGAAUCAAGGCUUCCAAAACGAGCAAGCUUUGUGCAGUCGGAUUCCGAUCCUACCGAGCGCAUAGAGCAAGAAAUGAAGCUUUUUGCUCCCCAAGACAACCAGUCAGAAAGGGGUUCCCUGGGGGCCCCAUCGCCGGAGCCCGAACAGGAGCAACCCCACGAAACCCCAAAGCCCACCAAGCUCGAUCCUCUGACACAGCCCACUCCUAGAAUCACAGGGGCGUUUGUAGAGACGCCAGCAACGGUCAGAGUGGAAAAGUUAGAAGAACUCGCAACAGUCCAGGCCGCCGAGAAGGACACCGAGCCUGUGAAGAAUGGUGCCAGACGUCUGAGCACCACUGGCGGCGAGCACUCCAAAUCUCUGCUUGCACAAGACGGAAAGGAAAAUAUCGCAGCGCGCCAGCCGAAACGUACACGGUCAUCGACGGGUGACAGAUCCCUCGGGCGCCCAACAUCGCUCUCUGCUCGCCGGCGCGCCAGGUCAUUAUCCCGGAGUCGCGCGCCCUUGAUCAACACGGUCAAGCCGCCGACCGUCAAGGACGAUUUGCUAGAAAUCCAGCGAGUCAACCAAAUUGACGACUCUACUCUGGACGACAUCGCCGGCUUGCUCAACGCUCCGGCGCCCCCGAGCGCUGCUAGCUUGGGCAUCCGAAGACCAAAAUCCGAAACCAGCGAAAAUGCCACACUUGACAGGGAGAAGGAGCUCGAGGCGUACGACCGGAUGAGCCGAUCCCUGGAGACCGGGCUCCUCGGCAUUCGAAGCGCAAAGCAAGGGAUUGAGCGGUUAGAAAAAGAGGUCGCCGACGCGGAUAUCAAAAAGGAACAUCCCCCACGCACGGCUCACAGCGAAGGUAUCAAGAAAGAGAGAGGCGGAGCCAAGGGAGAGUUUCCGUCGUGUCCCGUUUGCCAAGGCUCCGAGCGGACAGCGGAUUCCGCCGUGACCUAUGUCCACCUGCCCCUGCCUCGCCUGUGGCAUCGCCGGCCAAAGCUUCGCUUGACCCUUCUCGGACUUGUCAUGUUCCUGCUUUCUCUCUGGUAUCUCGCAGAGUCAUGCAUGUGCUUCUGGUUCUGUAAGCCCGAAUACUGCUACCCGGGGAUGCCUUGCGACUGGUCCUCCGACGACCCAGUCUGGGGCUACGCCAUCCCGGUGAAGCUGGACCAGUGGAUCACCGGCGGCCAGGGCAGGAAUCUGGCACAUCGCCUCCGGCCCGAGGUGGAGGAUUGGCUGGCAGACAUGCGAGAUGCCGCCACGGGGACGGAUAUCGCCAGCGUUGACACGUCUCGAUACACGUGGCAGCAGAGGCGGCAACAUCGAAGGCGGCUGGCCAAGAAGGGCGUGAUCAAGCCCUUUAUUGAGAGCCCCGAGGAUAGGGCCGUGUUGAGCGGCUGGAGGUCUGUCAGGGAGGCCAAAGAGAAGAUCCAGUCAGCGCAGGAGAUGGGGUAUGAAGUGGAGGAAGAGGAGAGCAUUGCCGGCGACGAGAGGCUGUAG